UAAAAAUAUGCAAUAACUUGAUUCAACAGUUAAAUGGUUCAACAAGACUGAAGGUAGAGAUAAAAUAUGCAAAGUAAUGCAAUAUGGAUCCAGAUUUUUAAUGUGGCAUCUUAAAACUAACAGAGGAAAUGAACAAUUGUCGAAUCAAUUUAAGAAUUUAUUUUGUACUUAAUUUAUUAUAUGAUAAAUAGAAAGCACAAGAGAUGCCAGAAAAUUAUUUAGAUUAGCUAAAUCUUUAAAUGAAUUACAAACUAUAAUUGAUAGAGUGGCAUAAAAUUGCAAAAAUCCUUAAGAAUAGGUUGCUCGUGCAUUAAAUAUAUUAACAAGAGUAUGGUUUUUAUUAUAUUGGUAAUCAGCUUUUUUAAUUAUAGGUUAUAUGAUAAUUUGAGUGUAUUAUCAUCUAUCAAAUUCACUACGAGUGAUCCAAAACCAUUACAAAAAAAAGCAAUGACAUUUUGGUUUAUUGGAAUUAUCACAAACUUAGUUGAUACUAUAAGAUAAUUAGUUGUCAACUUUCAAUUUAUCUAACAAAAUAAAAAUAAUCAGGGAGCUUAAUAAUAAAUUGCUAAUAGAAAAAUCCAAAAUACUAGUCUUUAUUUAAAUUUGAUAAAGAUAUUUGGAGAUUUAAUGCCAGCAGGUUAAGGUUCAGAGUUUUUCCCAAAAGUAUUAAAAAUCAAUCUUAACGAUGGAGUUAUUGGCUUAGGAGGUUUAGUAUCAGGUGCUAUAGCUGCUUAUUAGGCAUAUUGAUUAUUAUUCAAGAUUCAAUAUUAUAAAGUAAAAUAAU